CAAAUGUUGACGCCGCUAUUGUAAACAAAUGGCCGGGCGGGCAACGGUAGUGUAGUGUUUCUGUUAAGUGUUUAGGCGUGUUAAUGUGACUCUUGUGGGCUGUUUUAAGGUGAAGAGUAGUGGGGAGGCGUUUUUCUGUGCCAUGUGAGCUGAGGUAAGGUUCCAGCACCACCUUGAGCUGAGCCAUGACUCGCAUCGCCGCAUUGAACGAUUGGUCCCUGGGCAGCAGCGAGGAGGAUGACGUGGGGCCGACCAGGGAGGCGCUAGAGGCUCAGGCAACUAAGUAUUACAACGAGGCCAUCAACUACCUGGCUCACGGCAAUGAUGAACAGGCACACCACCACUUCAGUCAGGUCCUGCAGAACCCCUAUGUGGAGAAGGCAAACUGGCCAGAGGGAGGGCAGUACUUGGGCGGCACCCUCCCACAAGAUGUGGCCCUCAAGUACUCCUGCCUCAAGAACCUUGGCAACCUGACCAUCAAGCGAGGAGAUUCUGAGCAGGCCACCAAGUACUACCUGGAGGCAGUACAGCUGGACAACACAGAAGUGACGUUAUGGCAGAGACUUGGAGCCUCGGCAAUCAAGAUCAGGGACUUUGAACUGGCAUUGGUCGCUUUCCAGGAGGGACUUAAUGUGAACCCAAACCACUGGCCAUGCAUGGACCAACUGAUGUCUGUGCUGUUUAUCCUAGAGAUGUACAUGGACUGCCUGGGUCUGGCCAUCUCCUCCCUCAAGCAGGACUCAAGCUACGUCAAGGCCAAUGCUUUCAAGGAUAAGAUCUUUGAGUUGCAGCCAUCACUGAAAGAGGAUGUCAAGGGUUUCUUCUCAGACAGCUCAAUCCUUUUCCGCACUAUUGAUUAUGAUAAGGCAAAGGGGGAGAAGUUCAUAGCUACCUGUGAGUCUUUACGUCCAGCCCCAAAGGUUCCUCGUGCUUCCUCCCCUUUGCCCAACCAGCGCCUGAGAGAGUCCCUACAGAGGCUGACAUGGGAGAACCUUGCCCAAUCCCUUAUCAGCACUUAUGACAUUUUAGUAGAGGCUGAUGGAAUGGAAUUUGCAGCUAAGAUUGAUGUACAUGAUGCUUUGAGACUGAGGGAGGAGAAGAAUGAUGAGGCAAGAACAGAUAUCAAUAAAGAUACAGAAACACAGGAGCAGGAGGCAAAGGAGGAGUCAAAUAGAGGCAAGGAAGAGAUAAAAACCAGUGAGGCAGCAGACAAUAGCAAGCAGAAACCAGAGCAAAGCAGUGGUGACGAAUGCAGGACUGGCAAUAAAACACCAACUAGCGAUGAGAGACUAGAAGGAACAGCAGUGGAUGUCUCGGAGAAUUCAUUAACACCUCGUAGAAUAUCAGGGCGCAGACACACCAUUGAGUUAGGGGAGAGUCAGGACUCUUUCAGGGUUGCAGAGAAGCGGAGAUCUUUGGACAGUGACACACAGAAUGCAGAAGAUGACUUGAAAGAGGAGAGGCAAGAAGAUACAGGAGUUAAAGACAGGGAUGGUUGUGAGCGUAAGAAACUGUGUGUGGGCACUCAUGAGGAGCAGAAGGAGGGAAGUGCAUUUAAUAUUAAUGUUCCUAGUGCAGCUACUGAUGGGAUUACAAAGACAGCAGAGGCUCCCACUGUUGGUGAUAGUGGUGCUUUAAGUGAGAAGAGUAGCUGUGAAAAGGAAGGAGCAGAAAUGCCUACUAGUUUUCCACAUUUUUCCAGACAAGAGAGUGUGAGUGAUUCCAGGGAUAAAACUGAAGCUGUGGCAGAGACAGAGACAGAGACAGAGAGGGAUGCUGCACAGACUAGUGAACCAAAACCUCCUGCUGGGGAAGAUGAGAAGACAGAGAGACCAGAAACCACAGAGGAUGAGAAAGUAAAGGAAGUGAAUGAUGAAACAAGCAAACCAGAAAGUCAGCCUGCUCAAGAACCUUUAAGCACCAACAUACUGAGUGGAAACCUUCAAGAAAUCAUAGAGAAAACCAUUGGACCAGAGAACACUACAGUUGAUGAUCUCCAGCUGGAAAAGAGGAAGAACUACAACAAGAACAGAUCAGUAGAGAAACCCCAGAUUGAAGGUGAGGUAGAAAGAGAAGUUAAUCCUGAGGGAAAGGAAGGAAUUAGCAAUAUGGACAGUGGUUUUAAGGAGCAAGAGGAAGGUGUAACUGAGGAACCCAUGCUAAUUGACCAGCCUGAGAGGGAGACUUACUGCGAGGAGGAGGAAGAUAGACAAACUGGGGAACACCAAGAGAACCAGGCAAUGAUAACAGAGGAAGGAACUGAGGAAGAAUUGAGAGGAGGAAUCGAACAAGAGGAGCAGGUGGUAGAAACAGACAUGAUACAGAUGCAAGUGGAGGAGGAGGAAGGGAUGCUAGAGGAGGAGCCAGAAGUGGGAGUGGAGGGUGUGACGGAAACAGAGGAAGCGGUUAACACUCUCAAGGACAUUAUGGCGCUUCAACCCACGGAGAUCCUUGGCCUUCCUGAACCAGAUGAGUUUGAUUAUGGCGGUGAAUAUGUGGAGUACUUCGAGGGUGGCGUUUAUGAAGACGAUGACCUGGAGAACAUGAAUAACGACGGAACAUACAUAGGAGAGGGUGGAGAAGGUAUUAGUGCCAGAGAACAGGAGCAGAUGGAACAGAUGGCUCUGGAACAUCAGGAAAUGAGUGAAAGAAUACAAGAACCAGAGAAUAUGGAGCAGGAGGUGGACAAUGCCGAACAAGUGGAAACCGGGGAGCGUGGGAGGCAGAUGCAGGAAUGGAUGGUGGAUGGAGCUGUGGAGGGUAUGGGGCAACAGGAGGCAGAGUUUGUGGGUCAAGAUCAUGUGGAGGGAGGAGGAGAGCAAGAGAUAGCAGGGGAACAAGGAGAGAACCAUGAGGAGUAUAACCAGAUGAUGGAGAGGAACACUAUGGAGGAAAUGGAGGUGGAGAGAGAUGAAGAAUUGGAGGAAGGGAUAGGAGGUGAGGAGAGAAGACAAGAACAGGAAGUCAGCCCUGAAUCGUCACCUCCUAAGGCUACAGAGAAAGAGGAGAAGGAGAGUGAGGAGCAACCCAGCACAGUGAGGCAGACAAGGAACAGCACAGAGGACGACUCGACACGGAACGAGAGCGACAACAACCCAGAGGAAGCAGAAGGAAAGACCAGCAAACCCACCACCACUGACACAAAGACUGACAACAAGGAGCAGAAACAGGAAGUCACUGCUACCCCAGAUACAUCACAGCCACAGGGGAGCACUGCAGAGACUGGGAAGACCACACAGACCACUCCAGGCACUGUGAAGAAGCCAAAAAGACACAAGAGGGGUUUAGAGAGGGAAUUAGAACAGCUGGACUAUUGGGGAAGGCGGCAGGAACGUGAUGCUAAAAGGAGAAGACGCACUAUCUCCUCCAAGCUCCUGGGAAGUAUUGAGGAGGCUGAAUACCUUACCUGGGCAGACCUGCUGAAGAGUUUUCUGCCGUCAUCCCUCCUGAAUGUUAAUGUGGAUGAGAGGAACAAGGCAAAGACACCACAGCCCCAACCAUCUGUGUCUCAAGGGAAGACUGAUGAGAAGAAAGAUAUUACUGCUAUUACUGAAGGUACAAAUAAGUCCAGCAGUCUCCCAGCAGCAGCUCCAUCACCAGCACCACCACCAGCACCACCACCAGCACCAGCAGGCCUGAGUGGUGAGGGCAGCCACAGCAAAGGAGGCGAAGGAGAAACAGGAACAGGAGUGAGAGCAGACACACAAGAAGGCGACAAGAGUAACAUGAAGGAAGAGGAGGAUGUCCCUAAGCUCCUGCCUGACCCAAACACACAAGGGUCUUCAAGUAAUGGAAAGUCUGCUUCAAGUAAGGCUGUUGUGGCAAUGGAGGUUGAUAAGGAGCCUGGAGUUGUGGGAGCCAGUCAGCCAGGAGAUAAAGAGGCCAAGGUGAAAGAGGAGGAAGAUGCAGAGGCUGAACUGAGAAGGAAACGAAAGGAGAUCAUUCUGUCACCUUUGUCGUCUGAAGAGGAGCAGGUUGAGGCGUUCCUUCUGUGUCACGAGGAGAACGGGGGCAUCCUUCAUCUAUUGCAGCUUUGCCUCAUCACCCUGUACAAAAAACACAGCAAGACCUGGCCCUCCCUGCCGGCCAAACUCUUCACUGAGAUCUACCCUAGAGUGAGAAACCAUGUGCCUCACAGAUCAGCUCUCAGCCUUCAGGAGGACUGGGCGAGGCUUCACGAGGAUGCCAUGCUGUCCCUCACACACUGGGAGUUGGUGCUCAGUCUGUACCAGGUGGCCAAGCAGGACACUUUACACAGCAAACUCAAGAACCCCUUCACUGGGUCGUGUGAUCACCUGGAUGACGACCUGGUGCACCUCACACUCAUGCUGGGUCGUGGGGACGUGUGGGUGCAGGAGGCCCCUCAGUUCCACACACGCCUUCGCUGGCUGCAGGCUCAAGUGAAGGUGUGCCAGGACCAGCCAGAGGAAGCCGUCAAGUACUUGGAGCUGCUUCUCCUUGACCUGGACCGCCUGGCUGAUCUGGACAAGGAGUAUGUGGUGGAGUGUGCCAAGGCCGAGGGUGACCUGACACUGAUCAACAACACUGAGGUCAGGCGACACCUCAACUUCCUGCAGAGGUCACACAUGCUGGAACAGGUGGUGGACAACUACACCUGUAACCGCUAUCAGAUGGUGGCUGAACUACUCACCAGCAUCUUCCAUGAGCCGCCACCCAAGGCCAGGCCUGGCGUCACCCUCCCCACACGCCAGACUCAGCUCGUCAUCCUCAUGGACUCCCUGCUCAAACUCAAGGACUUCAAGGGGGUGCUGUCAUGGGGUGCCCUGUCCCUGGCUGAGGCCCUGAAGCGCUACAACCGAGCUGAGGCUGAGGAGGAGAAGAACAGGUGGGCCAAAACCCUCAUGAUUAUCACUGACUCCAUCAACACAACCCUCGUCAAGGACAUCACCUACUUGGAGAGUCUGGGCAGUGAAAAGCUGUUGGAGCUUGUGAACACCCUCAUCCAGGUGUUGGUGGUGCAGCUGGAGAAACCUCAGAGUGUUCAAGUGUUGCCCCUGGAGACCCUGACACCCUGGAUCCUGCUUCACCGCAUGCUGUCCCAUGAAGAGAAGCUGCUGAGACAGGCAGAGAACAAGCAGGAGGCAGCAGCGGCAAGAGGCAGCAGCACCACCCAGCAGGAAGGCACCCAGGCCACAGACACAUCAGGCUCCCCAGCAGAGGCAGACAGUGGUGAGGGGGCUGAUAAGAAGGGCCAGGAGAAAGAAUCAUCCGAGGAGGAAUCCCCGAGUGACAGCAAGGGUUCUGAGGUGCCAUACCCUUCUACUCUCUUCCUCAUCACAGCACACGAUGAACUGGGAAAGCACUCCUGGUGUUGCUACGAUGAUGGUGUUUUCCUCCUGUACUGCCUUGAUGUGCUGGUGGGGGAACUGAGCCGGCCCCUGGAUACACAGCACAGACAGCUGCUGCACCACACCCUUGAGCAGAUCUCCUUCUGUCUCUACUCACAUCCUUCUAAAAAAUCAAAGCACAAGCAUCUGAGAGACCAUGGUGUGCCUCAAAUAGCCCUGUGUUGGGAGCGUGCCCUGCAGCUCUACCGCUAUUACUGCCCCACCCAACUGCCUGACUUCCAAUCCUCACAGAUUCCCUCCAUCACCGAUGAUGUUGCUUCCUUCCUCAAGAGGAUUGUUGCUCUGUUCCCCGAUGAAUCUCGGCCGGAGAACAAGGUGGGUGUGGUGGAUGCCUUCAUCAAUGGGGAGGUGAAGGAGUGCAGUGCCCCGGCUGUUACUCCCCCAACAGAGGAGGUACGUGACUGCUUCUACCUGCUAGGCGACUACUACUUCAAAAACAAGGAAUGGAACAAUGCCAUCAAGUACUACAAGACUGAUGUAGUAAUGAACCAUGACCGCCUGGACUCCUGGGCACCUUUGGGCCUGGCAAUGAAGGCCAUCAUGGAGACACAGCUCAACUCCUGCGAGGUGAUUGAAAACGAGGAGGAGUUCUUUGCCAUGGCCCAGCGAGGCACCCGCUGCUUUUGUCAGGCACUCAAGCUGGAUGAAUAUCACACAAACCUUUGGGUGGAGUUUGGCGGUCUGGUCUACAUGGUUCACUCCCACGCCUCACGUCUCCUGAAGCAAGACCUCAACCCAGACAUCAGCAUUGAGACCUUUGAGAUGCUAGAGAAGCUGAAGGGGGAGAUGCUGAGCCAGGCUGAGCAGUGCUUCACCCAGGCCCUCAAAAUCCAGGAGGAGGGGUGGGAUGAUGACUGCCUGCCGGAUGAGCGCUGGCUUCACUGCUACAUGCUGGGGAAGGUGGCAGAGAAGAAGGGCAAGGAACCCAAGGUGAUCUUAGAGUACUACAUCAAGGCCAGCCAGCACUUGCAUCAGAUACAAGCAAAGUACCCAGCAAAGAUCAAUUACAACAGUCCACAAGAGUAUUCAGUUGAGGCACUGGAAAUGUACUACAGAAUCCAUGCAUAUAUUCUUAAGUACCUGCAGGUGAAGGAAGGCAAGAGCGUUGAGAAGGAGGCAAUAGACAUCUUCACCAAGGUUCUGGAUGAAAUGGCAAAGAGUCCUUUUGUGCUAUGCCAGGAGAAGAAAAAGUCAUCCUCAGACACUGGAAGAAUUGCCACUAGCGAUCUGGGUAGUGUGACAAACAGCAACAUUUGGGGCGAGCUGAGUGGUGGGCCGUCCUCAACACAGAAGAAGCAAGGGGAAGAAAAUGGUUCCCCUGCAAAGCCUGCUGGAGAUGAUUCAGAUGAGACAGAGAACAUUGUGAAGGAGGUUGUUCAUGACAUUAUUAGUGAUGCUGUCAAUAUGUGUGACCAGCCCAAGGAGGACAGUGAGAGGAGGGCUGAAGGCAAGGACAAGGAGAAGGACAGUAGUGCAGGAGCCAAGGUGAGCAGCAAGGACAAGGACAGGCGGGAGAGUGACGAUGACAUUCUAGUAGUGGAGGAGAAGGUCAUUGAGAAGUAUGACCACAUGACCAUCAUCCAGAGGUGCAUCAAUGCUCUCAAGCUCUGCCUGGUGCGCUUCCCACAGAACUACAAGGCGCUGUAUCGCCUCGCCUAUUACAACAACACCUCCAAGUUCCACAAGGACAGUAGCCGGGCAAGGAACUACAUGCUGGGGUGUGACUUCUGGCAGCGCGUGGGGUACAUGCCCGUCAAUGGACUGUUCAACGAGCGCAAGGUGUGGAUUCAGCAGCCCAAGAACUGCAACUUUUUCCACGGGGUGUGGCGGAUACCAAACGACGAGGUGGACCGGCCGGGGAGCUUUGCCGCCCACAUGUACCGCUGCGUGUCCCUCAUACUGGACAUUCUUCCCCAGCUGAAGGACUUCUAUGCAGUGUUGCAGAUUGCUCUUGCCUUGAAGAACUCUCCAGAGAAGGACAAGAAGUACCUGAGAGACAACGAACGAGAGCUGCUGUCGGAGCACGCCACACAGGUCGGUCUCCAGGCCAUGAAGGACAAGUACAAGUUCCUGUUCAAGGGAAGCUCCCCGGCACACAACAACCGCCGCAUGGCCUUCCUCCUCGACGUGUAUCGCUCCUACAAGCAGAUUAGCAGACACCUGCCAGGGUCUGAGCCUCACCUGGCCAAGAUGGUGACAGAAACCUAUGCUGGUUUGAGGGGCAUUGAGCCAGACAGCAGGGCCAACCUCCUGCGGGAAGCCGACGCCUUCUGCAACAGAAACCAGCAUGUGCAGCACCGCCUCCCUCAGUCCUCUGGCCCCGAGGCACCACCGAAUAUAAACAGAACACCAUUCUCAUCCCGCAGAGGGAGGCCGCCCGGCACGGGACGUGGCAGAGGGCGGGGCCGUGGCGCUCUGUACCCAUCCCACACCACCCCUAACAUGCUGGCCAUACAAGAGGCCUACAAGAUGUAUGAGAAUGUGGUCAACACCCGGGCAAUAUUGAACAACCAGAAUCUGGAUCGCUCUUCCAUCUUCAAGCACCAGAAGGAGUUGGAAUACUACCAGACUGAGUUGUCAAAGUACAUGAGCAUCCCCAGCGUCACCCAGUACUUCCGCGCCACGCUGGAGAGUGUUGGCAUCAUGGCCAAGGACAAACUGCCACCACCAACACCAUCACAGUCUGUCUCCAAAGCUGCACCAUCCACCCCAUCUCCCAGCUCAAAUGCUCCCAGUGCUCCCAGUGCUCCAAGUGUGGCAGCAAGCAGGAUCACCCAGCCCACCUCCGUCCCACAGAUCAGUGCACCACAACAGGCACCUCCCACCCAACCUAAACCUGUCAGCCUGCCAGGACGGUCACAGAUUCCCGGCAUCUCCAUUACAACAGUUAACUCUCCCAAGACCACUAACACGUCAGUCAAUAAAUCCUUAAAGCCAAACAUGUCAGUGACUGUCAGCCCAGUCAAGUCUUCCUGCCCCCCAGCACUCCAGGGGCGCGGCGAGAUCUCUGUGAUAACCGUCACACGUCCCUCAGGGGCCACCAGACCCUCCACCAUCACUACCAUUACCACCACCACCACUGCUGCCACUAUCACCACAACCAGCAGAGUGAAUCCAACACCCUCAGUGAUAAAGACUCCCACUACUUCCCCUAAGCCUGUCCCCACACCCAGUGACAGUGGUGCCAGGGACCUCCCAUCCACAGUGGCCAAGCUCCCAGCUGGCACCACCAUCAUCCACCCUCGUGACUCUCCCAACAAACCCUCUGGUCCCCGGCCACAAUUGCAGGCACAAGCCAGACCAGCCAAGACUCAGAACAUUGAUUCAGCGCUGGAUGGCCUCUCCAGCCCCAUGAGGAAGGUGGCCGCUGACAUCAUUGCCACUGGUACAGGACCCACCACUACACGACCCAGUGGUGCCCCAAAACCUGUUUCUUCAACCGCAAGUCCCAAGCCUUCCCUGCCCAAGGGCAUGACUAUCACCCCAGCACCUAGAAUCAAGAGCCACUCCAAGGUGGUCCAGCCUCCCCCCAGAACCACUGCCCCAUCCACCACAGCCUCACCAUCCUUUGCUGGGUCAUUUUCUACCCCUGCCAGCAAGAGUGGCAGGGGAGGUGUGGGUGGCACCUCUGCCAGUGUCAGUGCUACAGUCAUUGGUUUGGAGGGACGCCGCCCCAUCCCCCCCUCUACCUCCCAGCCCAAUAAACCAGUUCAGGUCACACAGCUCAGCCCUUCACAGCUCAUGCAGCUGGCCUACAACAGCAGAGAGGGAGGAGGCAAUAUCUCAGGACUGCUGAAUCAGUAUUCCAAAAAUGUCACGCGUCACAGCACCCCACAGACACCUGCCACCGCUCCCCGUCAGGUGGCCCCUGUGCCCCCUCCACAGAGGCCGCUAUUAAGCAACCCUCAGCGAGACGUAUCAGUUAGGCCGCCCCUCAUUAAGCCACCGCCGCCACAGCAGCAGAACAAGCCAGACCAAGCCCAGCGGAGGUCUUCAGACGAUAUUAUUGUGUUAGACUAAACUAUCGCUUAAUUUAAUGUAAUUAAUUCUUGAUCUUAAUUAUUAUAUAAGUCGUGGUCCUCGUUGUGAUAUUCUUCGUUUUUUACUGUAAUAAAACAUUUGCCAUAGUA